AUGGAAGCUGAAGAAAAAAUUGUCUCAGAGUUGAAUAGAAUUAAAGAAAUCUCAGCCAACCUUCAGCCAAGAGCUGUUUAUUUAGCUGGAUGCAUAAGAACUAAAACAUCUUUAUCGCCAGAAGUCAUCUACACCUUUAUUAAUAAACUUUAUGACUCAGUCAAGAUUGGUGUGAUAUCAGAAGAAAAUCAGCAUAAAAUUGAAAUAAAACUUUAUCAAGGAAAAAUUGGAGAAGCAAAUGAAAUGCUUAAUGCAUUGCCUCUUAAAAAGAGCACAAAUCCUAAACUUCCUUCUACAGAACUAAUAGCAGCUUCUCCAAAUGGGAAUACUUAUCAAUUCAAAUAG